UCUACACUGACGCUUCUGUAUGAAACGUAACAUUAUCUUUCAGCUCUACAAAUUUACUGCAGCAGUACGACUUGGCUAUGGAAAAGUAGUUCCUAUUCCAGCAGGAGGACGUGCUCAAUACCUCCUGUUGAACAAAGAUACUUACCAAUUCGGUUACGACACUGGAACAGGCCCCAGUCAAUCUUUUCGAGAAGAAACACGAGAUUCUGAUGGUACAGUUCGUGGACGAUAUGGCUACAUUGACCCUUUAGGUGCUUUGCACAUCGUAGACUACAUGGCAGAUCAUACAGGAUAUCACAUACUUUCGACGCUUAGACUUACUCCGGAAAAACCUUCAACAGUAGCGCCAAGUACACCAAGAACAACGACAACGCGUCCCACCAGAAGUCCUAAACCACGGAAAAAACUACCGUUUUUGGGAGCAAUACCGCCAUUUCUACCAAGGCAUUCUUGAGUUCUACAUAUUUUUCUUAAAAUGGUUUUGACUUUUGAAAGAAAUACAAAGCGUCGCGCCGAAAGAUAAUUUAAAAUAUCUUGUAAGAACAAUUUAAAUUAAACUGAAAUUUCAUAAUUUAAAUGCUUUUAUUACCAAUUAUUCGAUUGUC